UCGGUUCGCAUAGUUGAUGUAACGCGGUCCCUGAACGCACCGCGCCUGUCUGCUCUUUAGUUACAGUAUGGCGGCUCGGACUUGCGGAGGAGGACAACUUCUUAUAGAUUCUUCCCGCAAAACUGUAGGAAAGCGGCGGCGGCUCUAACUCCCGGCCGGUCUUGGUAUACACGACGGACGACGACCGCGCAACCUUUGGCUUGUACGGAGAAUUUGUAUCCCCCCCCUCCUGGAAUACAACCGGAGCUUGUGUGAUGCAGGAGGACCCGCAUUCAAGAAACUCCCCUGAUUUUUCCGCGUCUGCCCCGGACUGUCAGUUAGCCGGCUAGCUGCUCGGUAGCUCACCACCUCUUCAUGCUAACACUCCGAUGUAGCCAAAAGGCGGGCUAGCUUGCUGCUUUUAUUCGCUCCAGGAGACAGGGAUGGCAUUUCGCCUCCAUCCGGAGAGUCUUGUUGAAUCGAGGUGGGAAAGCGGUGCAGCCCAGGCUGUGCACAGUGGACCAUGUUUAUUAGUUAGUGCCUAAGAACUUAAAGGACUGACAGCUCUGCAUACACACAGGCAACGGAUAUUCUACUUCAUUCAUUGGGGAUUAGCAACACAAGACUGCCACUCUGGAUCAAGAAAACCUGCCCCUCGCGUCCGCUUGGAGUAACACUCUUAAGCCAAAGUCAAUGCCUUCGGCGCUGGCCGUGUUCGCCUGCCGACCCAACUCGCACCCAUUCCAGGAGCGCCAUGUGUACCUGGAUGAGCCAGUCAAGAUCGGCAGGUCGGUGGCUCGGUGCCGGCCAGCCCAGAACAACGCCACCUUUGACUGCAAGGUGCUGUCCAGAAAUCAUGCACUGGUGUGGUUUGACCACAAGACCGGCAAGUUCUACCUGCAGGACACUAAAAGCAGCAACGGCACCUUCAUCAACAGCCAGCGGUUGAGUCGCGGCUCGGAGGAGAGUCCGCCCUGCGAGGUCCUCUCCGGCGACAUCAUUCAGUUCGGCGUCGACGUCACUGAGAACACGCGCAAAGUCACCCAUGGCUGCAUUGUGUCAACAAUCAAACUCUUCCUACCCGAUGGGAUGGAGGCACGCCGACGGAGCGAUGUCAUCCAGGCUCCGUUACCACUUCCUGUAGACAAGGUUGCAGCCAACACUCCCAGUAUGUAUUCUCAGGAACUGUUCCAGCUCUCCCAGUAUCUGCAGGAGGCCUUACACAGGGAGCAGAUGUUGGAGCAGAAGCUGGCCACCCUGCAGCGUCUGUUAGCCAACACUCAGGAGGCCUCCGAGAGCAGCUGGCAGGCUCUGAUCGACGAAGACCGCCUGCUCUCCAGACUGGAGGUGAUGGGCAGUCAGUUGCAGGCUCACUCUAAGUCCCAGACGGAGGACGGGAUCCGUAAGGAGCUGCUGGCUCUGCAGGAGGACAAACACAACUACGAGACCACGGCUAAGGAGUCCCUGAGGAGGGUCCUGCAGGAGAAGAUCGAGGUGGUCAGGAAGCUGUCGGAGGUGGAGCGCUCGCUCAGUAACACGGAGGAUGAGUGCACCCACCUGAAGGAGAUGUCCGAGCGGGGCCAGGAGGAGCUGAGGGAGCUCGCCAACAAGUACAACGCCGCCGUCAACGAGAUCAAAGAGCUCACCGACAAAAUUAAGGCGGCAGAGGGCCGGCAGGAGGAGCUCAGCCAGCAGGGGGCGUUGGAGAAGAGGGAGUUGGAGCUGCGGAUCGAGGAGAUGGAGGAGAAGGAGCAGGUUCUCCAGGCCAGCAUCGAAGCUCUGCAGGCCGACAACGACUUCACCAACGAGAGGCUGGCCGCCCUGCAGGUGCGGUUAGAACAGCUACAAGAGAAAAGCAUAAAAGAAAACAACAGCCUGGAUGAGGACACUGUCUCCCAUGGACCGCUAGAGGAGCCUGUGAAGGACAAACCAGAGGAGAGCCCCGAGGAGGACGAGGAGGACGAGGACACGGACACCGAUGACGGUGCCUUUGGAGGAGAUGAAGAUGUUGAUGACAACUGUCACGUUAACAACAGCGGAGGAGACUCGACUAGAAUGCAACAGUUGAUUGAGUGUCCGCCGGUCAAACAGCUGAAAGAAACCGUGAGUUCUUCUAUCCACCAACUGGCCAACUUCGCUGAAGUGAUGGACGCACAUCUACAGAACAACCAGACGGCAGUAGAAGACGACAUCUUGGCCAGCCCUGAUCGCCUUAAAGGCAAUCCGAUGGAUGCCAAAGAGUCGGACAUGUCAGACACUCUGAGUCCCAGCAAAGACCGCAGCAGUGACGACACGUCAGACGGCAACAUGGACGACCAGGAGCUGAACGAACCCCAGAACAGAGUAGCUCUGCUCAAAGCUGAGUUGCAUCGGGCCGGUCUAGAGCCUGGAGACACGGAGCAGGUCAUCCACCACCUCCACAGAGAGCUUCUGGACGCCCAGGAUUUAGCCAACACCGGCAAGCAGAGAUGUCUGGAGCUGCAAGCUCUGCUGGAGGAGGAGAGGAGGAGUAACUCUCAGCAGACUGAGGAGUCGACCAAACAGAUCCAGUACCUGCAGACUCAACUUGGGAAGCUGCAGGCUGACAUGGAGGCACUGAGGGAGCAGAGGGAGAGCACCAUCUGCACCACCCGAGAGGAGCUCUACAGUGCCCAGGAGGAGAUCCUCAACCUGCGUCACGCCAUGGAGACGGCCACGGCUGAGCGCGAUCGCGAGAUCGCCGCCCUGCAGGCCGACCUGUGCGGCGUGCGGUCGGAGCUGGAGCGCUGGCGGGACACGGCCGCCAAGUACGAGCGGGAGAUCAGCCGGCUGCAGGAGGCCUUCACGCAGCAGCAGCAGCAGCGGAGCACGGCCAACCAGCUGCAGGCGGAGUGCGCCACGUUGCAGCAGCGGUGCGUGUGUUUGCAGCAGGACUGUGACGGCCUCAGAGGGGAGCGGGAAACUCUGACGGACAAACUGCACCGCCUGGAGAACGAGCUGAGCAGCACCAGGGAGCAGAGUCUGGUCCUCAGCUGCAGUCUGCAGUCUCUGGAGAAGAGGGAGGGGGUUCUGCAGGACAAACUGGGGUCUUUGGAGAAUCAACACCUGCAGGAUGCAAGCAAGCUGAAGAGCCAGCUGGACCAGGCCCAGGCCCACACACACACACUGCAGAGAGAGUAUGAAGACACACAGUCCCAGCUGUUGGACCUCCGUCAGCGCUACGAGAGAACAGAGAAGGAGAAGCUGAACAUCCACCAUGAGCUGGAGCAGUGCAGGAGCAGCCUGAAGCUGCUGCAGGACAAGACCAGCUCUCCAUCCAUACUGCAGCCUGUCCAAGCCAUAUUCAUUGGCCUUGUCCUGGCUCUGCUGUACUGGUGUUUCGGCCAGUUGUGGUAGAAAGAGCGGUUGGAGCCCCUGGAUGCCGGUCAUCGCAGUGAUGGUCGCCGUGACGGCAGCCGUCCUCUACCCGAACCUCUCAAAGAGCAGCUCCACCUAGGACCCACACAGCCCCCCCACACACACACACACACACACGUGCACGCACACGCGUGCACUCGGAGCGCGCUGUGAGCAGAGCGUCACUGCUUUACUUGUAUAAAGUCGAAUUGUACAUAAUUGUAGAGGGAAUAUAAAGGUUGUGGUUUCUACAGAGGAUUCAGAAGCUUCUUGGUUCGUUCUGUUUUUGUUGAGUUUUUUUUCUCUGUGGGCCUGGGGAGUUUUUUUCUUCUCUGCUCUCUCAGCUGGGGUGGGGGCUUUUAUUUUAGUUUGUUUUCCGUCUCCCUGCUGAUUUGUGGGUUAAACGAAGCGUCCUCCAGCAGGACGAGCUUCCACACAAAACGCCCGCCGGAGGCCACGUGCGCCUCUUUUUCCCCACGGUCAGCGAAGGCAACACUUCUCCAGCAGCCUCGGCCCGGUCACAUGGUCCACGGCCUGCACGCCGGUCUCCAGCCUCGGCUCUACCUUCACUCAACAAGCAUAGUCACCUUCAAUCACUUUUUGAUUUUAGUUGGCUGAAGCUUUCAAUUAAAAAUAAAUUGGAUGAUGAUGCAAAUUUUGGCAAAGUCAGAUUAAAUUGAAUUAGUUUGAAGUGACGCUCAGUCAGAGCUGUGAUGGUUGAGGGUUUUAGUUCAAACUAAAAACUGAACCCACGUAAAGUAUAGAGUGAAUCCGUCAGUCUGCUGGAGAGUGUCCCGUUCGUCUGUUCAGGACGUCCUGCUAACCGGCGCUCUUCUGUUUGAUUGUUUUUCGUGGGGGGGGGUCAACACUUGAAGCCAAAUUAUUCAAAAUGAAUCUGAUUUUUUCCGUUUUAGUUCUUUUUAGGGCACAAAAAAGAGGCUCAAAGUGCCUCUGAUGUAACUAACAAACACCACAGUGUGUGUUUGUGUACCCGCACGCACACACACACACACACACACACACACACACACUUGGAGGUCCCUCGGAGUGGAGAGAAGCUGAUGGUGAUCCUCAGUGAGUUGUUGCUGAGCUUUGAUCUUUCUACUCGUGUCCUCAGCUGAAGGAGAAGGUGGUCAAAACCUCAGGACCUGUAAGUGACCUUUUGUUUGAGAUUAUUAUGUCAAAUUUAUGAUCGGUGCUUCACCAACACCGUCUGCUAUCGGCUCAUUUUAAGGCUCCAUCGGUCUGUUGGGCCUCAAGACUUUUUGUCUCUAAUGUUCUUUACGGCUCUUUUAUUGUGAAAGAGUGAGGCUGAAGUAGGAAUCAGCUUCUCUCCAGAAGAUCUAGAAACACACACGUGUGUGUGUGUGUGUGUGCGCACACACUCUGAACAGUCUGUCAUCGUUUGUGUACUCUUGUCUCGUCUCCGUGUUUAAAGAUACAUAAAUAAAUAAAGACAACGAACAAAUAUUCCUGAUGUUUAAAGAGAAUGAAAAAAACACUACACAGAGAGAACUGUAAAAUAAAAUGUUAUUGAAUGAUGUGCUACUAGACUUAUUUUGUUAAAAUUGUUCAGAGGUAUGAGGGGGAGCUGUGUAGAGGUGAGGAUGAUGAUGAUGUGUUGGAUAUGCAGAGCAAUGUUUGGAUUAAAGUUGUAGCAAGCUGACCCACCAAAA